CUGGCUUCUCACCUUUCCUCUGCUCCAUCAGCUGUGGGUCUUUGAGAUUGGAUCAAAAGCAAGCAAAGCAGUUUGAAGUACGACCAUCCAGCUCGAGAAAUAGUAUACACAGACCCUACAUCAUCACUCGGGUUGCCAUCAAUAAUGGAAACCGCAGAACCAGUGUCAUAUGAAUUCCCAGGCCAUCCCAUUGGCGCCAUCGCACCUCGUCGCAUGAUGAACUCUGGGGUUGGCCACAACUUCCCCUUCUACACCAAUCCAACCACUUCCUUUCCACUGUCAUUCCAGCAAUCGUCCUCAGCUACCUAUGGAUUCGGCCAUACGCUCAACAACCACCAUCACCACCAUCAUCCUCCCAACAAUCACCACCAGGGUUAUCAGCACUUCUUCAUAACCGGACAUCAACACCAACUCAAUUCACAACCAGUGCGCCUAUCGUCGGAGCCACCACCCGCUCAGCUCAUCCCCGACAUCCGGCCUGCGAAGAACGCUUUCAACCGGGUGGCCAGAGACCCUUUGGUCAAGAAUGAUCCCGACCUGGCGUUGCAGAAAGCACGGUCACUCCAGUCGUCAGCCCAAAGCAGCGCCCCGCAAGGCAAAGACCCUUCUAGUCUCAACGAAGCCGAGUUCUCAACCGAGGUGGACAACCUCAUGAAAGCAAUCCAGGCCAAAGCAACCGAUCCGCAACCGUCGACCGUACAGUCCCUCCCACCGCUACAACACUUGACUCACGGGGUCGCCAACACAAUAGCCCAAUCAUAUACUAUCCCCCAGCCCCAAGUCCCGAAUCCAUGUACCGCCGUCAUGUUCGAGGAGCCUGCGUCUCGAUCCGGGAAGAAACGCAAAUACACCUGCACCCUUCCGCACUGUGGGAAGAACUUUGCGCAGAAAACACACCUGGAUAUCCACAUGAGGGCCCAUACGGGGGAUAAACCCUUCAUUUGCAACGAGCCGUCCUGUGGGCAGCGUUUCUCGCAGUUGGGGAAUCUCAAGACCCAUCAGCGACGCCAUACAGGAGAAAAGCCCUUCUCUUGUGAUAUCUGCCAGAAGAGAUUCGCCCAGCGCGGCAACGUCCGUGCCCACAAGAUCACCCACCAACACGCCAAGCCAUUUACCUGCCUCUUGGACGAAUGUGGGAAGCAAUUUACCCAGCUUGGGAAUCUGAAGUCACACCAAAACAAAUUUCACGCCACAACCCUACGAGACCUUACCCUCAAGUUCUCUCAGGUAACAGACGGGGACAUGGUAACUCCACAGGACCGAAAGCUGUGGGAGUACUUUGCCACUCUAUAUAAAAACAGCAACAAAGGGAUCAAAGGCCGCGGCAAAGACCGCCGGAUCUCGCCGACUUCAAAGUCAGAAUCGGGGUCAGGAAGCCGAAGACAAUUUCAACAUUUGGACAGGCUCGAUGGAAAGGCACGACGUCCGAGUUACGAGGACUCCUCGGCCUGCACUGGGGUUUCAAGUAGUGACGAAGAUGACAUGGAGCCUUAUUAUUUGGAAAGGCAAGCUCAUUGACGGCUUGCCUUACAUACCCUUUGUUUUUUUUGCUUGUUGUAUUUCUUUGUAUGCUAAUGUUACUACUACGAUACCAUAUUCCUGGCUGGACUGUCUCCGCCAAUUUGACUUGGGCAAUUUCCGGCGUUCCUUCACUCUCCGCGCAUCACUAGAUGCUGAUAAGCAUGGCCGCUGUGUUGAAGAAUUUUCAUAUAGAAUACAGAAUAUGUUG